CUGACGCUGCGGGCUGCGGAGGAACAUGGCGUUGUGGGCUUGUUCAGUUGUUCCCGCCCUCAGGCUUUGGGGCCUGGGAGGUGCGCGGCCCUGGACCCGCCGGCCUCGUAUUGCAGGUGCAGGAAGGCCCAUAUCUUUUUCUGCCGGUGCCUCAAGUGUCUCUGGAAGUGGAGGCCGCAGUCCGAAGUUCCUCCUGCAGGACGUUGCCGAGCUGAUUAAAACCGGAGCCUGCCAGAGGGUGGUGGUCAUGGUGGGGGCCGGCAUCAGCACAGCCAGCGGCGUCCCGGACUUCAGAUCUCCGGGCACCGGCUACUACAGCAGCCUCCAGCAGUACAAGAUCCCCUACCCCGAGGCCAUUUUUGAGCUCUCAUUUUUCUUUCGCGAUCCCAAGCCGUUUUUCACUUUUGCCAAGGAGCUGUACCCUGGGAACUAUAGGCCUAAUGCCACUCACUACUUCCUGCGACUGCUCCAUGACAAGGGGCUGCUUCUGCGGCUGUACACACAGAACAUCGACGGGCUUGAGAGAGGUGAGACCUCCGUCCUGUCUCACAUCUUCUCGCUCUUGCAGGGAAGGCUCACGUGCCUGUUUCUAGCGUCUGGCAUCCCUGCCUCAAAGCUCGUUGAAGCUCACGGAUCCUUUGCCUCUGCCACCUGCACCGUCUGCCGAAGACCCUUCCCAGGGGAGGACUUUUGGGCCGACGUGAUGGUGGACAGGGUCCCACGCUGCCCGGUCUGCACUGGCGUCGUGAAGCCCGACAUCGUGUUCUUUGGGGAGAUGCUGCCCCACAGGUUCCUGCUGCAUCUGGCUGACUUCCCCACGGCAGACCUGCUGCUCAUCCUUGGGACCUCUCUGGAGGUGGAACCUUUUGCCAGCUUGUCUGAGGCCGUGCGGAGCUCGGUUCCCCGACUGCUCAUCAACCGGGACUUGGUGGGGUCCUUGGCUAGGCAUCCUCGGGGCAGGGAUGUGGUCCAGCUGGGGGACGUGGUUCACGGUGUGACGAGGCUGGUGGAGCUUCUGGGCUGGACGGAGGAGAUGCGGGACCUCAUCCAGCGGGAAACUGGAAAGCCAGGUAUAACACUGCUGAAAGUGGACUUCACCAGAAUGCUGUAAUUUAUGUUCUUGCUGUCUUGGGAAACCUCUCCACCCUUUGGCCGUGACUGCUUCAGGACUCAGGGCCAUGAGUCAGCCCUUUCCUCUCACCUCCACUGGCAAAAGCCCCCAGCCUCUGGCUACAGCCUGAUUUCUUACCAAUCUGAACCAAAGCAAGAAGAAUAUGAGGCUUUUUAAAGAUAUAAGACUUUGCAGUUAUAUUGUUUUCAUGAUAUUAGACAUCAUUGCCUUUGAAUCCAGAGUUUGGCUCUUAGGGAUAAGAUGUAGGACGGUGCUGUUUCUCAUCUCAUUGUAUGGAGGAAAUAAAGACCGUCAAAUGUUACAGUCACGUUGCUGGGUCACUUAGUGGAAGCAGAGUCUGGCUAACACGGAUGCUUACACUUUACACCUCGAGAGGAACCGUAGCCCAUGCCUUGCUCACGGGGGAGCAGAGAUCUUGGUCAGAUCCGCCUGGCAGCUUACACAGGAGCCUUUCUGUGGCUGACUUCCUGCUUCCAUAUAACAGCAAGACAAAGUCAAGUAGCCUCUGUGGACUUUUGGAAUUAUAGUCCUAUAGGAUUUGACCUGUGCUAUUUUCUAGUUCCACAGAAAUUUGUGUAAAGUUAUGAUUUUAGGGGUUUACUUAUUUUAAAAGAGUUGCUGUCCAAGAAUAAACACUAAGGGAUGAGCCGAAGUCUGGGUUGGAUUACUCUCCCAAGCAGUGAGUGUACUUGAGUACAUCUGGACUGGUCACUUGAGCGAGGCCCUCCAUUUAGCCACCCAGUUUUGCCCAGCCCUGCUGGCGUCGUCUUAACUUGGCUGAACAGCAGCAUUUGCAGACAGAAAAGCUUCCGUUUUAGGAAAUAAUUCAAUUCCAGGCCCUGAGAUGUGCCCAGGUAUGUUUUCAGAUAACCAGUUUCCUCUCUCCUUUGUG